AUGAAAAGCGGUUGGGUGUACGCGGCUGCGUCUACAGUUCUGGUGGUACCUGUGCUGGGGACGUCGAUACCACAAGUUCGCAACGAUGCCUCGACGGCCUUUGUGACGCUGAGCAUCCCGAAAAACGUGGGAGAAGCAGAACCUCUUACGCUUCGCCUUGAUAUCGGAAAGUCCAAAGUACCCUGCGGUCAUGGAGACCUCACAAUCAACGGCCAGAAACUCGCACAAGAUGACAACGGCAACGGCCAGGGCACUCUCGCGGCGCACCGGAAUGGCAACUUUACCGCCAAUUGGGCCUUUAGCUGUAACCCCGACUCUUUGGGCAUGGGCAUGUUGAAAAUGCAAGUCACAGAAUUAGACGGUUUAGAAAUCGCCCCGUUCAACUUCUCCACGACAUUCACGCAAACAAACCCCCGGAAAAUCACCAUCGACAACGCAGCCGUAGUAAACCACGUCCACAAACUCCCCCAUGAAAACUUCGAAAGUACACAGACAUCUCUCCAGGGCAAACUGCACGCAAAAAUUCACGACUUAGACGUUCUACGCAUAAAAGCGCGGCAGCUGGAAAACUCAAUUAUUUCGCAGGAGAACAAAAUUGCAGAAUUACUGGGUCAGAAGAAACCGUCGUCGAUCCAGGACUGCGAUAACCUGGAGUGUGUGCUCGAGGGGCUGGGUGAGAAGUUUCGAGAUGCGGCUGAGAAACUUGGUGGUGAUGUGGAGGAGUUGAAGGAGUUUAUUGCGCAUUCUAGGGAUGAGUCUCUGCCGGUUCCGCCUGAAGAUUACGAGUAUUGGUUUGAUGAUGAGGCGGAUGAUAAUAAGGCUGAGGAGUAUGAUUUGAAAAAGCACGCAGGGAAAUGGACGUGGGCUGAUCAGAUGCCUCUUAAUGGAGAGGCAGUUGAUGUUAAAAUCACUACACAUCCUCCUCCACAACCACCCCUCGUCAUGGCAAUCGCACUAUCCGUAAUAGGCCUCUGCCUCCUAUCCACAAUCUUCAUGCUCCGCCUCCACCGCAAAACCACCCCCAGAGCCAUAGACAACGAAAAAGUCCUCUUCUCAGAACGUCCCACCCGGCCCAAGAAAGAAUCAUGGUCUGAGCGCCGAGCUCGUCGAAAAGCCCGCAGGCAAGCUAUCAAAGAAUAUGUCGCCAACAUCUUCACCCGGUGGAGGACUCAGCCCGCACCAGUAAUAGAGUGCAGUAUAGAAGAGGAAUUUGCGUCGUUCAGGGAAGCAGUUAGUGUGGUGGAUAGUCUUGUUGCCGCGGAGGAGGGCAGGAAUAGAGAGGUCCCGCGGUAUACCCCUUGUGAGUAUGGCCAUUUUAGAGAUGAUGAGAGUUUGCCGCCGUAUGAGAGUGAGGAUGAGUCGCCGGUGGCGGAUGGGUUGAGGUAUGGAGGUGGCGGGGAUGAUAGGUUGGGGUAUGGGAAGUGA